AUGAAACGUGAGCCCGUGGUCAAAGUAGAAGCCCAAACCGAGCUGUUCCAUUUCUCGUGUCGACGCGACACCUAUAAUCCUUUGCUGGAUCUGGGGUACACCCUGCAUACAGGUGAUACACCUUUGAAACCCAAGACCUAUUGGAGGUACUUGGGCUUCUACUUUGACCGUGGGCUCACGUUUCAUGAGCACAUUUGCUACUAUGCCACCAAGGCAUUCACCACUGUGCAGGCCAUGCGCAUGCUCGGAAACUCUACCAGAGGUCUCUCACCUAAACAGCGGCACCUCCUUUAUAGGUCAUGCAUGAUUCCCAUUGCCACGUAUGGCUAUCGUCUCUGGUACUUCAAUGGCACCCAUAAUAAAGGUGCCAUGAACCAGCUCAAACGGAUGCAGCGGAAAGCUGCUCUAUGCAUCACAGGUGCCUUCCGCACCUCACCCACAGGCAGUCUUGAGGCCCUCGCCAGUCUUAUCCCCGUCCAUCUCAUGCUAAAGAAGCGAGCAAUGUGUGCAGUGUAUCGUGUCACUACCCCCUCAGACACUCAUCCUCUUCACUCUAUGAUGGGUGAGAGACUCCUUAAGCAGGCUGAGCCACACGCCUGCUCAGCCGCCUUGAUGACCCCAGCCAUGCAAGGAAAAGUCGAGAGCACUGUCAUGGAGGUGGACAAGCAUGUCCACACCUUAACUGAGAGCUUCAAGCCCUUUGCGCCCGAAGCUCGCCCAGGCGACCAGUGCCCAUAUCUAGACAAGCUCAUCACGAAAGCGAGGGCCGACCCACUAACAGUACUGGCUGCUACUGAUGGCUCUGUCCCUCAGUCCAAUCAGUAUCAGGCGGCUUCAGCUGCCAUAAUCUACAAGGGACAUUGCGAGCUUGAAAGAACUUGCUACGUCUCUGGCAGGGUUACCGCACUGGAUGCGGAACUCAAUGCCAUUGUGUGCGCGGUGCGCCUUGCAGUCAAGCAGGCAAACUGCCAACAUAUCAUGGUCUUUACUGACUCUAUGGGCUCAGCCCACAGAGCAGUCGACCCCUCCAUGCACUCUGGUCAGGCUUUCAGUCUGAUCGUACCUACCGAGGCUCUAGACUCGAAGGCAGCCAGGAUCCAGCCAUCGUACCUCAAUGGGGGACCUUGGCUUUCAACCUUCGGACACAGUAUCACUGAGUUCGCUUGUGUUUGCUGGUGUAUAACUGGCCACGCGCCCAUUGGAGCGUAUUAUCGUCACUUCAAGAUCAAUGAGCCUCAUGGCUGCACUUGCGGGGCUGCUCUGCAGUCUCGCCAGCACGUCCUCUUUCACUGCCAUGAUAGAUAUUCUGUACACUAUCCCCGUUUUCUCGGAGAUAUUGCAUCAUUUAUGAAGUACAACCCCACAGUGUUUGGCUUCAAGCAGGACCCCUCAGGUGUCAGAUAA